AUGGUGAUCCAGCCCCCCGUGUAUCGACGAGUCUUCUUUCGAGACACACAGUACAGCAUCCGCCUCAGGACAAUACGCGUGUUCGUACAGCGGCUGUGCUGCACCACCAUUUCAAACUCAAUAUCUCUUAAAUGCACGACUCUGGCUACUAAAAAACAAUUCCUGCGACACAGACAUGCGGUAGUUCACAGCUCGUCGCGGCCACACUAUUGUCCGCACAUCGGCUGCCCGCGGGGCAAAGGUGGCAAAGGGUUCAAACAAAAGAAUGAGAUGAUUAGACACGGACUCAUACAUGAUUCCCCAGGUUAUCAGUGCCCAUUCUGCCCUGAUCCGGCCCCCCAAUACCCUCGACCAGACAAUCUCCAGAGUUACGAGAAGUCUUGUCGCAAAGACUUCCCAGAGGUCGUGGACGCGGGCGGCGUUUAG